AUAGAUAAAUGAUAAUUAGUUAAAAGUAAAACGUCAAAAUGUCAAGCAAUUUUUACCAGGUUUUCCUUUAAAUUAAAGUUUCAACCAAUAAUCAAUAGUUGUAUAAUUAAGCUCUAUGUUCAGUCCAUCCAUUCUAUAGAAAGAAACUAAUUUCUUCUAUUCAUUUAUUUGCAAAAAAAACUGAAUGGACAAUUUUAAAAAUGAUAAACAUUUUCCAGCUUCAAGUAGAAACUCAAACGAAAAAAAGAAGAAUAAUACUGAUGCAGAUUCUAUGAUUAGAAACAUAAUUGCACAACAAGACACGUUCAACGUUACUAAAGAUCAACAAUUGUAUUCGAAAUUGCCAAAAUGGAUGAUACCUAAAUCUGGUUAUGUACACCCGUUAUAUGAACAAAUAUGGCAGUAUGUCAAAACCGAUAAACGUGAUAGGAGCUGUGACACUAAUUUAGUAUCCCAGUUGUUGAUGACUAGUAGUUUGUCUGUUGAUGUUCUUGGAAAACUAUGGUCUAUGGCUAAUGUCGGUAUGGAAGGAUGUCUGUCUCAGCAAGAACUCUAUAUAAUAUUAGCUUUAGUUACUUUAGUUCAGAACGGCUAUUCAGUAUCUAAUAUUUCACUACUACAACACAUUCAAAAACCGAUCAUUCCUCAACUAAACUAUGCAUUAAUUGAAAAAAAACACAAUGGUUCUACAGGAAAAGCAUAUGUUGAUUGCAGGUUUCAACAUACGUUAAAUAAAUUUUCCCCAAACAUGAAUAAUUAUCAGCCUCCAAGUAAUUUAGUUAAAAACGACCUUCAACAACCAAAUACAACUAUGUUGUCAUCAGAACAAUAUUACGAUCCUGUAGAAGUUACAUUUAAAGAACCAAAAAAUAAUGUUUCUAAAAUUAUUCCCAUAACAACAGCUAGUCCUCAACCAAAAUCAUUAGACUUGUCUGCAAUUAACAGUAAUUUUGAUACAUUUGAUGAUGAAUUUUCUGACUUCCAAAGCGCUCAGUUUACCAAUGUUGCUGAUAACACUAACAUAGACUCGUAUGAAUUUACUGAUUUUCAAUCGGCUUUUGAUCAAAUCUCUUUUGUAGAAAAAGAUGAACAAAAAAUUGAAAUAUUUGAAAAUGUUAUAAAUGACAAUCAACAAGAUUUAAUUAACUGCCAAGAUACGCAUGAUAAGUACGAGGUCUUUAGAACAUUAGCUGCAGAAUCUGUUAAUGUAACUAGUUUAAUUGACGACUACGAAAAAAAUGAUAAUUUAAUUGUAAAACCUUUACCGUCAAAUAAUGAAAGCAAUGAUUACACAAAUACAAAUGAUGACGAAUUUGGAGAUUUCUUGAGUGUAGAAGAAUCCUUAAGCAGUUCGAAUAUUGAUACGAGUAUGAACUACAAUACUAUUCAAGUUCAGUGUAUAAAUAAAUGUUUGGAUAUUUUAAAAGAAGGUUAUGCUACAUUUUCAAAAAUUACUAAUGAACAAGUUUUAAGAGAAGUGAUAAACCAUAACAAAGGAAUUAAAUAUAUAGAACAAUUACAUUUGAUUAGUAAAAUUUGUAAGCGUUUACUUAUGAAUUUCCCAAGUUUAUCACUGCAAGAAAAUUUAAAUGAUAUAAUGUCGAAUAUUAGUGUAUACUUUAACAAUAUUUCUCACAACACGAGCGAUAUAGAGAUUUCAGAUACACUGGACAACAAUUAUGUGUGUUAUUUAUGCAAAUGCAAAUGUAACACAAACUUGGUAGAAUAUAUGUUUCAUAGUUAUCAUUCUUCUUGUAUAAACUUGUUUGUUAAUUUUGUUCAGAAUACUUAAAUUCCUAUUUAUUAGUUUUUAUAUAUUUGUAUAAUUUGUGAUAUUAUUGUACUUUACAUCUAUUAUUUACCAACACUAUUCCUGCCAUUAAGUAUUGAUAGUAUUAGUUUUGAUUGAAUGUAUUAUUAUUUAAUAUUUAGUAGUAUAUUCAUACUCUUAAAAUUAAUGGUUUAACAAGU